UGCGGCAAAGCUUUGGCUUUCGGUUCGGCCUUCAACAAACGCCGGCGAGGGACCGAACGACCCCAUAAAUGCCCCGAAUGCGGGAAGUGUUUUCGGCUCAGCUCAACCCUCAUCACCCAUCAACGCCGGCACGCCGGCGAUAAACCCUACAAGUGCCCCGACUGCGGCAAAACCUUUAGCGUCGGUUCAGCGUUCAUCCAGCAUCAACGGGUGCACGCCGGCACUGGUGCCGGCGCGGCGCCUUGCCAAUGCGGCGUCUGCGGGAAGAGUUUCUCGGCCAGUGCCAGCUUGGUGAAGCACCAAAAAUUACACCUGGAGGAAAAACCCUACAAAUGUGGGGAUUGCGGGAAGGGUUUCAACUGGAAUUCGCAUCUGGAGCGGCAUCGCCGGAUCCACACCGGCGAAAAGCCCUAUGCCUGUCCCGAAUGCGGUAAGAGCUUCAGCUGGAGCUCCCACCUCGACCGGCAUCGCCGUACCCACGCCGUCGCCGGCGAACCCGCUUGCCGUUGCGCCGAUUGCGGUCACUGCCCGGCUCCUCGUGGCGCCGAAGGCUCCAACGCCGCCGAGAAGCCCUUGCAGUGCAGUGAAUGCGGGAAGGGCUUCACCAAGAGCGCGGCGUUGACCAAGCACCGGCGCGCCCACGCCGGCGAGAAGCCCUACAAGUGCGGGGAGUGCGGGAAGGGUUUCGGCUUGAACACCGCCUUGCUGCAGCAUCAACGGAGCCACGCUGCCGGCAAACCCUACCAAUGCGGCGAUUGCGGUAAGAGCUUUGCCUGGAGCUCCCAUCUUGACCGGCAUCGGCGUAUCCAUAUGGGUGAGAAACCCUACCGCUGCGGGGAUUGCGGGAAGAGCUUCUCCCAGAGUUCCCACUUGGAGAGGCACCAACGCGUCCACGCCGGCGCCGAGCAGCCCUGCCAAUGCACCGAUUGCGGGAAGAGCUUCUUGGCCUCCAACAAGCGCCGGCGGCUGUUGACCGGCACCGCUGAACGACCCUGUAAGUGCACCGAUUGUGGGAAGAGCUUUCUUUGGGGUGCCCGUGCCCGACCGACACCGGAGAGGACCCAUAAGUGCAGCGAGUGUGGGAAGAGCUUCACUUACCGGGCGGAGAACGUCAAGCACCAGGGGACGCAGACGGGGGAGAAACCCUACACCUGCCCCGAAUGUGGCAAGAGCUUCGGGCAAAAUUCGGCGCUGGUGAAGCAUCGCCGGAUGCACACGGGAGAAAAGCCCUACAAGUGCGGGGACUGCGGGAAGAGCUUCAGCGUCCGCUCCAACCUCAUCAAGCAUCAACGGACCCACCUUGGCGAGAAGCCCUACAAGUGUCCCGACUGCGGGAAGGGUUUCAUCCAGAAGUCGGACCUCACCGCACCCCGCCGGAUGCACACCGGGGAGAAACCCUACAAGUGCAACGUCUGCGGUAAAUGCUUCAGCGUCUCCUCCAACCUCAUCAAGCACCAACGCAUCCACCUCGGCGAGAAGCCCUACCAGUGCUCCGAGUGCGGCAAGAGCUUCAUCCAACGCUCCGAGCUCACCAUCCACCAACGCGUCCACACCGGCGAGAAGCCCUACAAGUGUCCCGAGUGCGGCAAGUGCUUCAGCCGUAGUUCCCACCUCAACCGCCACCAACGCACCCACUCCAGAAAGUCGGAUGCAAGCUACAGAUUCUCCAGACAACUCAACAGCCGUAUGAACGGGACGUCCACGCUGCUCCUGAAGCGGCUCCUCCCGCCCCGCCUCAGCCGGCAUCACGGAGAAGAGUUUGGCUCCGUCAAGGUCUUCCCGACAGCUCCAAAACUGGGUGAUCUCGCCCCAGGCGCCUGCCGCCACCACCCAGGACUUGGGGGACACCUCACCUUGAUGGCCAUCACCCAGGACUUUGAGGACGUGGUGGCUCCGAAG